AUGGCACCCAAGAACGAAGACGUGAUACCGGAAAAUUACACGUAUGAGUGGUCGGCCCACUCGGACGUGCCGCUGGCGGAUUUUUUGACCAAGUACAAGCCGUCGAUGGUACAGAACGAUGGCACUAAACCCUGGAUAUGGGUGCGGGGAGUCGAUUCGUCAGCCGGGGUGAAGGGCGUGGAAGAAGCCGUGAAGGAAGCGUCGACCCUGUUGGGCGAGGUUUCCAAACGAGUGGAGGACAUCAAGAACGAUGACUCUAUCCCGGUGAGGUCAAGCAAGAAGACAGGUGCCAGGAGCAAGAAGGAGGUUCGCGAGCAGACCCAGGCAGAGGCUACGGAGAAACUGAAGGAGAUAUCUGAGCGGCAUGGUUAUGUCAACGGGAAAUGGCUUAUAUUCGCGUCCGCAGACAGAGUUGAUGUCAUAUGGUCGAGUAUUGCCACCUCACUCACCUCUGGACCUCUGAAGGACACCUCUGCAUAUUGCACGAAAGUGUCUACCUCUCCAGAGAAUGAUACCCCCAACUAUCAACACGUUAUUUGCGUCUACAUGCCGAAUGUGUACGACAAAGACGCCGUUACUGAGGUAAUGAAGGUCUUGCUGCGCAAUCAUGGAGUUAACUUGAGCGGCGUCAAGUCGGAUCUCUACACCGUGAUUGGUUUGGACAGCAAACACAGUAGCGGCAUACCGUCGACGGUUUGGAAGAACACGACACUUCUCAAAGACUCCGAAAUCAAGGAAAUGAAAGAAGCUUUUUUCUCCGAGCUCAGCGCGAAGAAAGCUGCAGCAUCAGAGACCAAGGCGCAAGACGCCGCAGAGUCGUCGAAAGCUAAGGCGGUUGCAGAGCCCAAGAAAAAGGUCCUGAAGAAGAAAGUGCAAGACGAUGACGAUCCGUUCGCCUCGGAUGAGGGCGACGAGGCACCGUCCAAGAAGCCCGUUUCCAAGAAGAAACCUGCUUCAACCAAGAAACGUCCGCAAGAGGACGAGAGCGAGGAGGAAGUGCAGCCCAAGAAAGGAAGACGAAAGUGA